CUCACCGCACCGCCCUGCCGCUCCAGCUGUUCCCACCGCUGUUCGCCUGCUGCUACCCCGCUGCUCGCUGCUGCUGCCAGCCCCCAUUUCCAAUGCAGCAGCGACCAUGACAGGCAUCGCCGCUGCGUCUUUCUUCUCCAACGCUUGUAGAUUCGGGGGCUGUGGACUCCACUUCGACUCUCUGGCCGAGCUCAUCGUGCACAUCGAGGAUAACCACAUCGACACAGACCCCCGUCUUCUGGAGAAGCAGGAGCUGCAGCAGCCGACAUAUGUUGCCCUUAGCUACAUCAACAGGUUCAUGACAGAGGCAGCGCGGCGAGAGCACGACACCCUGAAGAAGAAGGUGCAGCCUAAGUUGUCUCUGUCUUUGGCAGGCAGUCUGUCCCGCACCAGUGUGUCCACUCCACCUCGCCACACCAGUGGAAACCUCACCCCUCCAGUCACCCCACCCAUCACCCCUUCCUCUUCUUUCCGCAGUAACACUCCCACAGGUAGCGAGUGUGAUGAGGAGGAGGUAGACUUUGAGGAGUCUGACAGCGAUGAGUCGUGGACCACAGAGAGCGCCAUCAGCUCCGAGUCUAUCCUCAGCUCCAUGUGCAUGAACGGAGGAGACGAGAAGCCUUUCGCCUGCCCCGUACCAGGCUGUAAAAAGAGAUACAAGAAUGUGAACGGGAUCAAGUAUCACGCCAAAAACGGCCAUCGAACCCAGAUAAGGGUGCGCAAACCCUUCAAGUGCCGGUGUGGGAAGAGCUACAAAACGUCUCAGGGUCUCCGCCACCACACCAUCAACUUUCACCCACCCAUCUCUACCGACAUGAUCCGUAAGAUGCAGCAGUAGAGACGGAGUGAGCGACCAGCAUUCUCCUUCAGGAAACUUCCCCAACAUCUGAAAGCCACUAUCACCAGCAAUGGCUAUUUCUCAUUCCUCUUAUCCUGAAACCCUUUCUCUCUUCUUUGUCCCACUUUGUUAUGACACUAUUUUUGAUUGCAUGGUAUAGAUGUGAUAUUAUUCGUUCUUGUUUUUUAAUUCAGAAUGUUGAAUCUUUAUGUAGUUCACAGUUUUGUAUUUUGCACAUUUAAGCUUUGAUUGAUCUAUAUGACACCAUUGUUCUUUUGGAAAAAGGGAGAGCAUCAUUAGAUUGCCUCUGGUUAUCAAAAUAUUUGUUAGGAGCAAAUGACAAAAAUUACAAUGUGUGUGGUAUAGCAAGAGAAAUCCAAGCUGAAAAAAAAAUCUAAAUGUUUCAUUACCUGUUAGAUUGAAUGUUAUAGUAUUAAUUUGUUGGACUUUUUUUUUCAUAUCACAAGUAUUCCAAACCUCUUUAAGUCAUCUGUUUUACUGCCUUCAUCUGUGUGUGAGCACCAAAGGAUGAUCUCAGGUGACGUUUUUCAAGCAUUUCAGCCCCACUGUCCUGCCCAAGUGUUCUGAUCAUGUUUUAGUGGGAUAGUGGGAACUCUGUGCGUCAUUGUUUCUUAUGUUCCUGGUCACUUUUCUGAUGACUUGCGCAGUUUCCCUCUCUAUUUUGAGGGGUGAAGGAUUGAUGCACUUUUUGUAACAAGUUGCCAACAAAUAAGCAUUUUUUUUUGCCAAUAUCUCAUUUUAGUUGUUUGUACAGUAACAACCAAAAUGAGUCAAAAGGCCUUCAGAGCAGACGUUUCAAAUGCUCCCAGGGCAGAUGUGCACCAAAUCUAUAGUGUUUCCAGUAUUGGGAGAUUUUUGUCUGUACAACCGUUGCCUUCAUUUGUAAACCAUUCCAUUCAGUGCAGCUUCAUUUUGAAUGCCACACAAAUUCAAUUGUAAGCAAACAUUACACAGACAUCACAGUCUAAUUUUCUUGUUAUUCAUCAUUCCACAGUCCUAUAAAACAUGUCAAAGUCAUGGUUAUGAAUAUAAUUACAGCAGAUCAUUUAGCACAUUUUCACUCUUGCAGUCCUGAUGAUGGUCUUUGAGGAAACCCUCCCAGUUCUGACUUUGUGCCAUAAAAUGUAAUGUCAGUUGAGGGUACUGAAAUCAAUAAAUCCCAAUGAAGACCAUACAGAUGAUAAUACCACAGGACAAGGGAUUUAUCAAAAACUAGCCAUUUUCUAACAUCCUCACAGCAUGAUGUUUGUGUAAAGGAACUAAGGUCCAAUUGAGAUUGUGACAGUAUUAUACUGCCAGUGUGGAGGAAAGUGUUUGAUAUAGUGUACAGUGAAUGUAUUAUGUGUUAAGUGCAUUAAAUUAUAUUUUCAUAUGUCUCUGAAGAAAAAAAAAAUCAAAAGUAUCAAGUGUAUGAACAGGCAAACUCAGAGGUUGUUUGGAAAACGUCUUGUUGAUGUACUGUAUUUCUUUAAAAAGCUGCUUCAUGUCAACUUUUGUUACAUCUAGAAUAAAAAAAUCCUCUGAUUUA